GUUGCCCAAGCUGGAGUGUAGUGGUGUGAUCUCAGCUCAUUGCCACCUCCACCUCCCAGGUUAAGCGAUUCUUGUGCCUCAGCCUCCUGAGUACCUAGGAUUACAAGCGUGCACCAUCAUGCCUGGCUAAUUUUUGCAUCUUUAGUAGAGAUGGGUUUUCGCCAUGUUGCCCAGGCUGGUCUUGAACUCGUUGCGGCAAGUGAUCCACCCACCUCAGCCUCCCAAAGUGCUGGGAUUACAGGCCUGAGCCACCGUACCCAGCCUCACCACUGGCUUUUGAGCAGGAGAGUAUCUUGGUAGUGAGUUUCAGAAUCAGGAGUGCAGGGCUAAGUAACAAGCACUAACUUAGCCCCCAACUGAAGCAGGGCACAGUGAGACUGGUACAAACCCAGGCUGGGAAAUAGAGGGCCUGUGGGGUAGGCAAGGCCUCCUCCUGAGCCCUGAGAACAGCCACCUGGGCUCAUAUUCAGCAUGAGGAAGGAAGAGGUUGGCGUGGCAAUCCUAGAGGUGGCUGGGAGACCUCAGAAAGGAGGGGCCUGGAAGUCAAGAUCUGGAUUGAGACCAAAGAAAACUGAAGUGCAAAGAAGGGCCAAGGUUUGCCAAGUCACCCAGAGGGAGUGUAGCCCAGGAGGCAGGACACAGGUGCACUGGUGUCUCUGCAAAGCUUUCACCGUGCAGCUAGGGUGGGGAUCUGGUUGCCCUCCAAGGAGCAGUUCCCUUCUGCUUCUGCAGAGGCCACCUGUACUACGUGGGUAGCUGUGCUUGGGCUGAGGUGGGAAGGGCCCCAGUGAGGCCAGAGAGGAGGGAGACCAUGUUAGGACCUGUCUGGUUUCUCCCUUUUGCUGCCUCUCCAUCUUUCCCCCAGGGCUGGAAGAGCACAUUCUUGAGUCACAGUUUUCCCAGAAGUCUGGAUGAGGCCUAGUCAAGAGAGAGCACCGUCUCCCUGUUACCAACACGUGCAUGUACACACACACACGCGCACACACACACACACACACACACACACACACACACACCCUACCUCUUUGCUCCCUUAGAGCUCUUCAGAGGGUAUGGUUGCUUCAGGACAGGCUUAUCCAGACCCCUGGCUCCAGGAGAAGCUGGCCAGCUUUCCAGCCCCACGUUUUCUGGGCUCUGUAGCCAGGGAGGCCCCUAUCCACCAGGCUCUGCCACUUGGCAACUCUGGGCCAGGCCCUGGUCCUCUCUGGGCUUCAGGUCCCUGAUCUGGGAACUAUGAUGGCUUCAUGGGACACUUCGGUGACUGCCGGCCUUGCCUUUUGUAAGCCUCACACUGCAAGGAGUUCUGUCAUCAUCUCCAUUCAUGGAAGGGAAACAGGCUCGGAGAGUGACCAAGUCACCCAGCCAGUAAGUGAUGGGCUUGGUACCUGAACACAGGCGGUCUGACCCAGCUCCUGCCUGAGGUCCUUGCCAUCAUCAGGACCAUCGAUGGUCAGGUCAGGCAGUGAUCAUUUUCCCUUUUCUAUUGAUGAGACAACUGAGGCCCAGAGGGGCAACAUCUCUUGCCCAAGAAUGCGGAGCUCAGUUGGGUCUCCAGCAGUGCAUAAGGCCAUGCUGCUGUGCCCUUGAGCUCCUCCACAGAGGAGCAGCCACCCCAGGAAGUGCUGCAGGCUCUUCAGGGUGAUAUCAGAGGGUGACCUGGGCAUGACCACCAGCUCAGAGGAAGCAAAGAGGCUGCUGCUAGUGAAAGAAGAAGUGAAGUGAGAGUGUGGUAUCUGGGUCUGGAGUGAAGGGAGCAGAGAGAAGCGAAGUGGGGGUGUAGGUGUGGGGCAAAGGGAGAGGCCGGUCGAAGACACCUCCCGACUUCCCCUUCUUCCUGCAGAAGCAGUAGGACAGCAGCAGAGGGAGCAGCAGAGACAGCAGCGGCAGCUUCACAGUACCUCAGCUACCCAACCAUCUUUGGGAGGCUGCAGUGUGCAGGGGGUAGUGCCCUGGACCUUGGAGGCCUGGGUUUGAGUCUCAGCUUGCCCACUGACCUGCUGUGGAAGCCCAAGCAGACUCCUUUUGUGCCGUAUUUAGUUUCCUCACCAUCAGCUGGAACCAUCCUGGAAGUCAGAUGGGACGCACACCCAGGACUCCAGCCUGGGUAACACAAUCUCGGCUCACCGCAAACUGCCUCCUGGGUUCAAGCAAUUCUCCUGCCUCAGCCUCCUGAGUAGCUGGGUGCUCCUGAGACUACAGGGCAAGAGCUAGUUCCUGGAGGAGACUCGGCACAGGGCAUGGAUCGCUGUGGUGCCAUUUUCCUGUGCCUGUGCCUUCUGAUAUUGCAGAAUGCAGCAGCAGAGCCACGGAAGGAACUGCGAAUCAUGGAGAAUAUGGAGGCGCCCAGGGCCCGGAGCUCGUUUUCUUUUCCUGGUCAACUCCACCAGCUAGAGCAGAUGCUGCUGAACACCAGCUUCCCAGGCCACAACCUGACCUUGCAGACAGCUACCAUCCAGUCUCUGGCCUUCAAGCUGAGCUGUGACUUCUCUGGCCUCUCGCUGACUAGUGCUGCUGUGAAGCAGGUGCCCCAGGCCCGCAGUCAGCAUGCCAUGCAGUUCCCCUCCGAGCUGACCCGGGACGCCUGCAAGACCCGCCCCAGGGAGCUGCGGCUCAUCUGUAUAUACUUCUCCAACGCCCACUUUUUCAAGGAUGAAAACAACUCAUCUCUGCUCAAUAACGACGUCCUCGGGGCCCAGCUGAGUCACGGGCACGUGAACAACCUCAGGGAUCCGGUGAACAUCAGCUUCUGGCACAACCAAAGCCUGGAAGGCUACACUGUGACCUGUGUCUUCUGGAAGGAGGGAGCCAGUAAGCAGCACUGGGGGGCCUGGAGCCCUGAGGGCUGUCAUACAGAGCAGCCCUCCCCCUUUCAGGUGCUCUGCCGCUGCAACCACCUCACCUACUUUGCUGUUCUCAUGCAACUCUCCCCGGCCCUGGUCCCUGCAGAGUUGCUGGCUCCUCUCACAUAUAUCUCCCUCGUCGGCUGCAGCAUCUCCAUUGUGGCCUCACUGCUCACGGUCCUACUGCACUUCCAUGCCAGGAAGCAGAGUGACUCCCUAACACGCAUCCACAUGAACCUGCACGCUUCCGUGCUGCUCCUGAACAUCACCUUCCUGCUGAGCCCCACAUUCGCCAUGUCUCCUGUGCCCGGGUCAGCGUGCACGGCGCUGGCUGCUGCCCUGCACUACGCGCUGCUCAGCUGCCUCACCUGGAUGGCCAUCGAGGGCUUCAACCUCUACCUCCUCCUUGGGCGUGUCUACAACAUCUACAUCCGCAGAUAUGUGCUUAAGCUUUGUGUGCUGGGUUGGGGGGCCCCAGCCCUCCUGGUACUGCUUCCCCUCGCUGUCAAGAGCUCAGUGUACGGACCCUGCACGAUCGCCGUCUUCGACAGCUGGGAGAAUGGCACGGGCUUCCAGAAUGUAUCCAUAUGCUGGGUGCGGAGCCCCGUGGUGCACAGUGUCCUGGUCAUGGGCUACGGUGGCCUCACGUCCCUCUUCAACCUGGUAGUGCUGGCCUGGGCGCUAUGGACCCUGCGCAGGCUGCGGGCACGGGCAGAUGCGCCAAGUGCCAGGGCCUGCCGUGACACCGUCACCGUGCUGGGCCUCACUGUGCUGCUGGGCACCACCUGGGCCUUGGCCUUCUUUUCUUUUGGCAUCUUCCUGCUGCCCCAGCUGUUCCUCUUCACCAUCUUAAACUCACUCUACGGAUCCUUCCUCUUCCUGUGGUUCUGCUCCCAGCGGUGCCGCUCAGAAGCAGAGGCCAAGGCAAAGAUAGAGGCCUUCAGCUCCUCCCAGACAACGCCGUAGUCUGGGCCUCCUGGCCUGGAACCCUCAGCCUCUCUGGCUGCCAGUAGCCUGAGGCCACAGCUCUCGCUAGAGAGGGUCACAGGUCUGCUGCAGGACUCCAGAGGCCACUGUGACCCCCAGGGGGCCUUUUCCACUUCCAUGGUCUCCCCAGGCACUGAGGGCAGGGUGUUACCCUCCCUCUCCCUGGCAUUUUGCUCUGCGCCAGGUCCAAAUCACCUGGGGCAGCAAACUUUGUCCUGGUACCUGGGCCCAGCUGGCCAGGGAUGUGGGCAGAGCACCAGCUUGGGUGUCAGGAUGCCAAGUUUCAAGGCCUGGCUUUGAUUCUGUCUAUAUGGCCUUGGGCCUGCCACUUCUCACCAACCCCAGGUAUCCACAGCUGUGACAUGGGGACAGGCGGCUUUGUUCCAGCCCAGCCCGGGAGCUUGGGGAAGAUUUCAUCGGACCCAGGUGAAGAAUGUCAGCGUGGGGUGGGAAUUCCCACGGCCACCGCCUGCUUGCUAGGGGCAGGAUCUCGGCCAGCCCGCCGUGGAAGCACCUGUUCGGCCCCGCCACUUCCUCCUGGGGAGGGCCAGAUGGCUUGUGGUGGGUGGGGCCUACCCAGCGUCUGAGAGUUUACUGGCCUAUACCUGAGGCCUCUUUUCCUUUAACUCCCUAAAUUAUGAUGACUCCAAUUCCAAGCCCACCCUUCCCAAAGAUUGGGAGGUUCAGCCUUUCACAGAGGCUCCUCCUGCAAUGCUCCCAAGACCUCCCUCCACAGACCUUUCGGAUGAGCAGCCCACCCACGGGGUUUCCUUAAGGGCGGAGGAAAACACUUCUUUCUCCUUCAGCUGAACCAGCUGGACUCCAGUGACCUGGCUACUUGGUGAUUGGGCAGGAUUGAACUUGCCCUGGCAGACAUCAGAGUGUGGGUUUUAAAUCUGAAGCUCAGGCCAAAGAGAAUCACCCUUGGCUUGCCCCAGACCUGUCAGACCCGGUGGGAGACAAAGCUCAUGAAGCCAGUGCGUUUCCCAGGACGAACACUAGGGGGCGCCAUUGGCCCAGUCGGCGGCCCUUGGCGCCAAGACUGCAUCUGGAAUCGCUCAAUCACUUGUUUGCAGAUACCACGCACCGGCCGGAGGGGCCGUAACUGCUGGACUGCGCCUGCUGAGUGACCCGCAGGAGGAAAGGAGAGACGUUUACAUGGCCAUUUGUCUCUUUUCCCAGUUCAGUGGCGCGCUGUCACUCUUGGGGGCUGCACCCCGGACAUAGCUGGCACAAGAGCAGGGCUGGGGUAGACGCUCAGGGCCCUGUGCCAGGCCAUCAGGCAGUUUUAAUGAUCUCGAAGGUCACAGGCAGAAAAUGGGAGCAGAAUUUCCCCUGGGGAAAAGUUCUCCUGGGGCAUCCUCUGCUCUUCUGUACAGUUCUAGAUGCAAAUAGUUCCUUCACCAGGCACUGGGUGGCACCGGCUCUGGAGCCAGACUGCCUGGGCUCCAGUGCCAGCUCUGCCACUUGCUAGCUGUGACUGUGGACAAGCCACUCAGCCUCUCUGUGCCUCAGUUUUCCUGUUUGUAAAAUAGAGGCCAUAGCAGUACCUAUUUUGAUGACUAAGUGAAAGAAUUCAAAUAAAGAGACUUGGCA